AUGCAACAAGGGUCGGAGUUAAUCAUAGUUCCAUGGGGACAAGGGAGUGUCUAUUGUUUUACUACACGCACCACAAAGUACUCAGCCGCGCAGUACGAAGCUGAGUGCCUUCAGAAAGACCUUCAGCGCAGCCAAUCAGAAGUGGCCGACUUGCAACGCUCACUAGAGGCGGCACAACUGGAGAUUUUUGACCUGAAAUGCACCGCCUACGGCAGUGGAGGUAACAAUGAGGAGUUGCGGGCUCUUCAAGCUGAGAGUGCGGCCACCAUUGAGGAACUACGGCAAGAGAAUCGCAAUGCCCGAAGAAGGGUAGCCGAGGUGGAGGCGGAAUUCAGAUUACUGAAGGAGUCGCAAAAUACCUCUCUUACUCCUUUGAUUCAAGAAGACUUUAAAAAGCAACUCUCCGAGUGGAAACGACGGCUGGGGUUACGCUCCUCUGCGGAGUUGGAUGAGGUAUUUAAUGGGAUAAAUGAUCGGCUAGACAGAGCCCUCACGUACGAGGUUAGAACGAAUGAGGCAGAUUUUGCCCAACAGGAGCUGAAGAACCAGCUACGAGAGUCCCACAACUCCGCCAGCGAAUUGGCCAAUCGGGUUGAGGCUCUGUUAGCUGAGAAGGAGGCACUCAAACGGGAGGCGGGUUUGUGGAACACGGAGAAGCUCGAUCUCAUGGCAACGCGGGGUCUGCUGGAGCAGCGAGUCACCGCCUUGGAGCGGCAAUUGGAGGAGGUGCGUGAAAAGCUUGUUGCGGAAACUGCGGCGACAAGACAGGUGCGCAUGGAGAGUCAACAAUUUCUUCUGGAAAGGAACUCGCAGACGGUGCAAUUUAAUGCUCUUGUGGAGUCUCUGGCUGCGACUCUGAGCAUUGUUGAGUCUCCCUGUGCACCAACGGAGGCCACCGUCAAGGAGAGGGUGACAAGGCUGACCACUGAGCUGCAGUCACUUAAAAAGGUAGAAUCGGACUUGGAGAAGAAGGUUGAGCAUUUGAACAAGCAAUUUGAGUUUCAAUUCACCAACGGACAGGCACUGGCCGAUGAAUUGAACACGUUGAAGUGUGAGCUAGAGGGCGCGCACAAGGCAAAGGAAAGGUUACAGUGCGAGUUGGAUGGAUUUCGGUUGAUCAACAGUCAGAAACAACUCACCCAGCAGAAUCUCGGUAAAGUUGUGGAGCUCUGUGAUAAGCUACAUAUUCAAGUCGGGCAACACUCUCACUCAGCGUUAAUCGAGUUAAUAGCGAGUAAAGUGGCAGACCUCCUUGAUAAUGGCUGCAUUUCACCAGAUUGCAUUCAGAGAUCCACUGUCUCCAAAAGUCACCCAAAACAUCUCUGCAUAGAAACGAGAAGUACUCAGCAUAAUUGCAUUCAGAAGCAUAAAUUCAAAAAUGGCAACAACGAUUGUCCAAGCUGCGUUCACCUCCAAACCACCCCUCUGGACUUGGCCAAUCGCGCACCAGACUGGAGUGACCUUGAAGUGAGAAGGGUCCAGCAUUUGUGCGCUGAGUGCCUGCUCUGUUUGGCAAUGGCUUUGCGGCAUCGCUUGCAUGCAGUCAUGACGGUGGCCCCGGACAGAGAGAAACUGGAGAAGGAGUUGGUGGGCGAAUUGGAGAAGGCAAAACGCGAGAUGGAGGAGAUGCAUGAGAGAGUCAUGAAAAUGGAGAAUGAAAAGAGUGAAGAAUACGAGAAAUUGGAACAGAUUGUUUCCAAGUUGGAGGCCUUGAGGCAGCAUCAGGCAAAGAGAAUCGCCGGACUGCAGUCAAAAACACAACGACAGAGCACUCUGGAGGCACAGAAGGAUCAGCAGCUUAGUGCAGCAAAGAAUUUCCUCAUCGAAAAUCGGCAGAAACAGCUACGAAAACACCCUGGGCCGAAUUCUUGGUCUGGAUGCUUGGCUCACGCCCAACCCAGAGGCUUUGAUAAUUCAACGUGUUCAGCAGAUUCUGUUGAACGCCUCAGCUCCAAGCAGAACGCUGUUUCUAACACAACCGUUUGCUCCAUUCUCGUUGCCACAGCCGACAUUUGCCGCUCCACAACUUCCCGCCUUACCAGGACCAAGCCGUGA